AUGAAUGGUGUUCCUAGUGAAGCCAUCAAGCUGAGGCUGUUCCCCUUUUCCCUGAGAGAUCAAGCACAGAGUUGGUUGAAUUCCUUUCCAGCCAACCAUUUCAUUACCUGGGAACAGCUUCACAAAGCUUUCAUGCAGGAGUACUGUCCUCCUUCCAAGGCUGCCAAGUUAAAGAAACAGAUUCAGAAUUUUCAGCAGUUUGGCAAUGAAGAUCUUCCUGAGGCUUGGAAGAGAUUUAAGGAGUUGAGGAGGAAGUGCCCAAAGAAUUUGAUGACCUCAGAUACCUCAUCCUUUGGGGGUAUUUUCAUUGAUAUGGGACCGGCAGCUGGAGAGCAGUUGAUUGAGAGGAUCACCUCUAACAACACUUACUGGUACACUAAGGGGGAUGAUAUACCCAAGAGAGAGAAGCCAGCUGGGAUGUUCGAAGUUGAAGAAAAGAUGAUAGUACAGGCUCCUACUCAGAGUGUCCAGGCUGUUGCUCAGCCCCCACUGGUUCCACAGCCUUAUGUUCCUAAUCCUUAUUCAGUGCCACAGGUACCUCUUGUAGCCUGUUGUGAAAUUUGUGGUGGAAAUCAUGCAUCUCAUACAUGUUAUCUGUUAGACUCCGGUAGCCAAACCCCUCAGCCUAAUGUGGGGCAAGUUGAUCUCAUUAGUUAUUCUAGACCACAUGGCCAGGGGCAAGGUUAUGGGAACUAUCAACAGCAAGGAAGAAAUCAGUUUGUUCCCUCUUGGAACAAUCAGGGAAAUCAAGUGAGGAACAAUCCACCAGGAUUUCAAGGUAAUCAAGGGAAUAGGGGUGGAAACCAAGGAACUCAGUGGAGAAACAAUCAGAAUUUUGGGCAGAAUAGUCAGAAUCCAAAUCAAGGGCAGUUCCAGCAAAGGAAUCAGAAUUUCGGGAACAAUCAGGGUCAAGUAUUCUCUAGACCAUCUCAGGAUCUUGAUAUGCAGAAUCUCAUGAACACCAUGAUGGCUCAGAUGAGCAAACUGCCAGCAAGCAUAGAGAAUCCAAGGCACCAAGUGAAUGUAGUCACCACUAGAAGCGGAUUAGCUUUGAAGGAUCCCCCUUUUCCUUCGAAUGAUCGAGUGCCUAAGAAAGCUGAUAAGAAGGAUGAGGGCGUUCAGGUUGAGGAUGUUCUUGAUGAUAGUGAGGAGGAGCCUGUGAUUCAGAAAGAUAGUGCUAAAGGAAAAGCCCAUGUGCCAGAUGAGAGUGUUCCUAGCAAGAAGCCUGAGAGGAACAAGAAGGCAGGUGACUCGGUUAUACCUUGCAACCUGUUACCAUAUCCACAGAGGUUGUGGAGAUCAAAGGAGUCCGAUAGAGAGAGCAAGUUCCAUAAGAUGAUAGAUAAGCUGGAGAUCUACAUGCCUUUUGUUGAGGCAGUAACUCAGAUUCCAUUGUACAAGAAGUUUCUGAAGAAUAUUUUAGGCAAUAAGAAAAAGUCAGAGAAGAGUGCGGUGGUGGAUCUGAGCGAAGGAGCCUUGACCUAUGCAGUUCUUCAACAUAAACUACCUCCUAAGCUGAAAGAUCCAGGUAGUUUUGCCAUCCCUUGCAUCAUUGGUGGAUUUGUAGUUGGGGGUGCUCUAUGUGAUCUGGGUGCCAGUGUUAGUCUUAUGCCAUAUUCUUUAUCAGGGCCGUCCCAAUAA